GGAUCUUUACCACUUCCCUGCCUAUGCGGCCGGACUGCCGUGCCUCUCCCCGAGCAGAGGCAACCGGCUUCGAGGCACUGCCCAGAUCUCUUUUUCCGACACCCUUAAAAUAAUACUGCAGCCCGGCGCCCCUGCCAUGGAUUCCUUUAAAGGUGGAAUGAAUUUGGAGAGACUGCCCGAGAGCUUGAGACCCCAACCCUCCCAUGACAUGGCUUCCAGCUUCCAUUUGCAAAGAUCCUCGGAACCCAGAGACCCGAUCGAGAACUCAGCCAGUGAAUCCUCCGACACGGAGGCGCCAGAGAAGGAGCGCAGUGGCGAGCAGAAAAACGAAGACGGGGCCGCCGACGACCCGGCGAAGAAGAAGAAGCAGCGGCGGCAGCGAACCCACUUCACCAGCCAGCAGUUGCAGGAGCUGGAGGCCACUUUCCAGCGGAAUCGCUACCCCGACAUGAGCAUGAGGGAGGAAAUCGCCGUGUGGACCAACCUCACCGAGCCCCGAGUCCGGGUUUGGUUCAAGAACCGCCGAGCCAAGUGGAGAAAGCGGGAGCGGAACCAGCAGAUGGACCUGUGCAAGAACGGCUACGUGCCGCAGUUCAGCGGGCUGAUGCAGCCCUACGACGACAUGUACGCCGGCUACCCCUACAACAACUGGGCCACCAAAAGCCUCACCCCGGCGCCUCUUUCCACCAAGAGUUUCACCUUCUUCAACUCCAUGAGCCCCCUCUCUUCGCAGUCCAUGUUCUCGGCGCCCAGUAGCAUCUCCUCCAUGAACAUGCCCUCCAGUAUGGGCCACUCGGCCGUGCCGGGAAUGGCCAACUCCGGCCUCAACAACAUCAACAACAUCAGCGGCUCCUCGCUCAACUCGGCCAUGUCCUCGCCCGCCUGUCCCUACGGACCACCGGGCUCGCCCUACAGCGUCUACCGGGACACUUGCAACUCCAGCUUAGCCAGCCUCAGACUGAAAUCAAAGCAGCACUCCAGUUUCGGCUACAGCAGUUUGCAAAGCCCCGGCUCUAGUCUAAACGCUUGUCAGUAUAACAGUUGACGGACUUGACACAAACCACCUCCGACAGAAUACCGCCGACAAAGCGAAGCGACGGAAAGAAAAAAAAAAAAAAUCCUAAAAAAAUGAAAACCCGAUGUUGAUUGAAAGGAAAACCCGAGCAAGUGAGAGAGGAAAAUAAUAAUGGUAUAAAAAAACAAAAACAAAACAACCAACACAAAACACCACCCCAAAAAACGAAAACAAAAACAAGCAACCAAAAGCUCCACAGACUUCGACUGUCUAGAAAAAAAAAAAAAAAAAAAACAAAAAAAAAACAAAAAAAA